AUGGCCGCUGCUGCAGGUGUCGGCAAAGGCGAGGACAACGCCCGCCCGCCUGUUGACAAGGUGAUCCAGGACAUUGCCAACUAUGUCCAUGACUACGACCAGAUCACCGAGACCGCGUACGACACUGCGCGUCUCGUCCUCCUCGACUCUUUGGGCUGCGGUGUCGAAGCGCUCCGCUUCCCUGCCGCUGCCAACUUUUGCGGCCCCGUCGUGGAGGGUACCACGGUGCCCCACGGAUCGCGCGUUAUUGGUACCGACUACGUGCUCGACCCCGUGCGGGCGGCGCUGAACAAUGGCGCCCUUAUCCGCUGGCUCGACUUUAACGACACAUGGCUCGCUGCCGAGUGGGGCCACCCCUCCGACAACCUCGGUUCGAUCAUCUCUGUCGCUGACUGGAUCUCGCGUACGAAUGAGGCGAACGGCAGCAAGCCGCUCACUGUCCGCGACGUGCUCACCGCCUCGGUCAAAGCCCACGAGAUCCAGGGUGUGAUUGCCGUGCAGAACAGCUUCAACCGUGUGGGUCUCGACCACGUCGUGCUUGUCAAGGUUGCGAGCACUGCCGUUGUCUCCAAGAUGAUUGGCCUGAACCGCGAACAGACCAUGGACGCGAUCUCGCAGGCAUUUGUGGACGGCCAGUCGCUCCGCACCUACCGCCACGCCCCCAACGCUGGUUCGCGCAAGUCGUGGGCUGCUGGUGAUGCGUGCUCGCGUGCCGUGAACCUUGCAUUGCUUGUCCAGCGCGGCGAGCAGGGCUACAACUCGGUGUUGACUGCGCCUACGUGGGGCUUUUACGACGUGCUCUUCAAGGGCAAGCCGUUUGAGUUUGACCGUGACUACGGCUGCUACGUGAUGGAAAAUGUCUUGUUCAAGCUUGCUCCCGCAGAGUUCCACGCGCAAACUGCCGUGGAGGCCGCCAAGGAGCUGUACAAGCAGCUGCAGAGCCGCGGCAAGACGUCCGAUGACAUCAAGACGGUCAAGAUCCGCACGCAGGAGGCUGCUGUGCGUAUCAUUAGCAAGCAAGGCAAGCUGAACAACUACGCCGACCGUGACCACUGCAUUCAGUACAUGGUUGCCGUGCCUCUGAUCAAGGGCAGCCUCGAGUCUGGUGACUACACGGACGAGUUCGCCUCCGACCCGCGCAUUGAUGCGCUCCGUCAGAAGACGGUCGUAGAGGAGGAGCCUCGCUACUCGAAGGAGUACCUCGAGGCGGACAAGCGCUCCAUUGGUAACGCUGUUUCGCUCGAGCUCAACGACGGCACCGUCAUCGAGGAGGUCGCGAUCGACUACCCUGUCGGCCACGCCCGCCGCCGUAAAGAGGCUACGCCACUCAUUGGACAGAAGCUGCAGAAGCACCUCGACGGCAUCUACAAUGCCGAGGAGCAGGACACGAUCCUCGCGCUCCUCACUGACCACGAGCGCCUGAGCAACAUGCCCGUGCACAAGUUCAUGGACUUGUGGGUGAAGUAG